UGUGUAUAAAUCCACGAUUCGUCUCUAUGAAUCCGAAAACACCUCUCUUCGGGUCACAGUUUCUUCGCAUCAGCUUGCACCCAGCUCUCCUAUAAAUUCCUCGUUCACGUGAUCGGAGCGAUUAAUAAUAAUAAUAAUAUAAUAAUAAUAAUUGAGGUUAAAGUUUUAAGAGGAUGAGUAAGCGAGCGAGAACCAGCGUCGACAAGGCAGUGGUCGAUAUUUGGCAGCGGGAGGUCGGCCAGCUCUCCACCAGAAACUUCGCGCACAGACUCGGCGCCUCCGAGGAUCUUGUGCUCCGACUUGAUACUUACAGGAAGCUGGAAAAGCACAAAGGUUGUGUGAACACCAUAAGCUUCAAUGCAGAUGGUGGCAUUCUGGUUUCGGGCUCCGAUGACAGGCGGGUCAUACUCUGGGAUUGGGAAACUGGGCAUAUCAAGCUUUCAUUUCAUUCAGGUCAUAAUAACAAUGUUUUUCAAGCAAAGAUCAUGCCUUGCACAGAUGAUCGAAGCAUUGUCACCUGCUCUGCGGAUGGGCAGGUGAGACAUGCUCGGAUUCUGGAACGUGGAUGCGUGGAAACUACAUUGCUUGCCAGACAUGAGGGACGGGCUCAUAAGUUGGCUAUUGAGCCUGGGAGCCCACAUAUAUUUUAUACUUGCGGUGAAGAUGGAUUAGUGCAGCAUUUUGAUCUGAGAACUCGGGCUGCCACUGAACUUUUCUCAUGCCAACCAACUGAUGGUAGAAGGAUCAACAUGUCAUUUAUCCCUCUAAAUGCAAUUGCCAUUGAUCCAAGGAACCCAAAUCUCUUUGCGGUUGCAGGGUCUGAUCAGUAUACUCGACUUUAUGAUAUCCGCAAGUAUAAGUGGGAUGGAUCAUCUGAGUUUGGUGAACCCACAAACUACUUUUGCCCUCCUCACUUGAUUAAUCAUGAGCAUGUUGAAAUAACAGGCUUGGCCUUCUCAGAACAGAGCGAACUUCUUGUUUCAUACCAUGAUGAGUUAAUCUAUCUUUUUACAAAGGAUAUGGGAUUGGGACCUAAUCCACUUCCAGCCUCUCCAGUGUCUAUGAGCAGUGAUGCAAGUGAAGCAGGAGGUCAUCAUAAAUUGGCAGCUUGUCCAUCAGUUAUGGAUACUGAUGAUAAAGUUACUCCCCAAGUUUACAAGGGGCACAGGAACUGUAGGACGGUGAAAGGUGUGAACUUCUUUGGGCCUAAGAGUGAGUAUGUUGUGAGUGGAUCAGACUGUGGCCGGAUAUUCGUAUGGAAGAAAAAAGGUGGGGAGCUCAUUCGUGUCAUGAAAGCAGAUAAGACUGUUGUAAACUGUAUUGAGUGUCAUCCCCAUACCAUGGUGCUUGCAAGCAGUGGAAUUGACCAUGACAUCAAGAUAUGGACUCCAAAGGCCCUUGAGAGAGCUACAUUGCCUACAAACAUUGAACAGAUGGUGAUUUUUUCUAUGAUGAUGAUAUUUCUGAUGAUGUUUCUGAUGAAGAUGAUGAUGAUGAUGAUGAUGGUAGCAAUGGUGAUGAAAAUGACAAUGACGACGCUGUUGAUGAUGAUGGUAGCAAGGGUGAUGAAAAUAAUAAUGAUGCAGAAACCCAAGGCUAGGGACUGGACGGAUAGUAUAUUUUCUCCUCAGGAGUUGAUGUUGCAUCUACUUCAAUUCCGAAGGCAGAGGACUAGCAGUACAAGCCCCGAGCGCAAUGGUGAAAACUCCGCUGAUGGUCGGGAAUUUUUAGAGCUAUUUUUUACAUUCAAUGCCAACGGUGAUGCUUCUUCAGAUGAUGCAGGGGAUACCACCAGUCAAGAGGAUUUGUUUAGUUGAGAUGCUGGAGCCAUAGUUUGUUUGACUAUGAGAAAUGGUAUCUUGUACAUUCACAUCACAUGCUUGUCCUCUAUUUAACUCCUGUACCAUUUCUUAAUGCUUUUCAAUUUUAUUUUAUUUUUACUUUUUUGUCAAUAUAUUACAGGUUUGUAUUUGUUUAUCUUCGAUAUUGAUAAGGUCUUAUACAUUUACCUUCUUUUGUUUU